AUGAUUGUGAAAACCUGUAAGCUGUGUUGUCGGUCAGACCUGGCAGUCUACUUUGGAGUCAAGAAGUCAGAGAAGCCUAACAACCAAGAAGCUGGCAAGCAGACCACAAGGAUGGCACGCUCUCUGAAUGAAUGGCUAUGGCAGCACGAGUUCUGGCUCCCCCCAGGAAUUACCUGGGAGGACAUGAAGGAGUCUGAAGACAUCCAUUAUCCUCAGCCUCGUGAUCUCCUGCUCAGUAUUCCGUUUGCUUUAAUCUUGGUUGUCAUUCGAUACGUCUUUGAAAGAGCCAUAGCCCUGCCCCUUGGUGCCAAACUGGGUGUGAGGGACAAGCAGAGACCAAAAGCUCAGCCUAACCCCAUACUGGAAACAUUCUACAGUAUGCACUGCAAGAUCCCUAAAGAGAGUGAGCUGAUCAGUUUAGCCAAACAGUGCGACCUGCCAGUGAGAAAGGUGGAGAGGUGGUUCCGGCGACGGAGGAACACCGACCGACCGAGCCUAUCCAAGAAGUUCUGCGAGGCCUGCUGGAGGUUUACAUUUUACGUCAUUUCUUUCUUCACUGGACUUGCUGUCCUGUACGACAAGCCUUGGUUUUGGGACCAUAGAGAGUGCUGGACAGGAUACCCGCAACAGCCUCUCCAACCCUCUCUGUUCUGGUACUACAUGCUGGAGCUCUCCUUCUACUGGUCUCUGGUCUUCACCUUGCCCUGUGAUGUGAAGAGGAAGGACUUCAAGGAACAGAUAGUCCAUCAUGCUGCAACCAUCUUCCUGAUCAGUUUCUCAUAUUGUGCCAAUUACAUCCGCAUUGGGACACUGGUGAUGGUGAUUCAUGAUGCUUCUGAUUGCUUCCUAGAGCCAACUAAGAUAUUCAAUUACAUGAAGUGGAAGAAAACUUGUGACAGCCUCUUUAUGAUCUUCUCAGCUGUUUUCCUCAUCAGCCGCCUGAUCAUUUUCCCCUACACAGUGCUCUAUAACACCUACUAUUACUCCAUGGAGAUAUUCCAACCCUUCUUUGGAUACUACUUUGUGAAUGCUCUCCUGAUAACUCUGCAGCUGCUCCAUAUCUUCUGGUCCUGCCUAAUUAUUCACAUGGUCUACAAGUUCAUCCUCCAGGGCACGAUGGAAAAGGACAUGAGAAGUGACACAGAAGAAAGUGACAAGGAUGAAGAAAGAGAAAAGAUCGUGGAAAAGGAGAAAAAUGGGAUCACGUGUUUUAGCAGUGUCACUAGCAGCAAUUAUAUCCAGAGGAAUGGGUCCGAGACACUGAACAACAGAGCCCAUCUCACCAACGGCCACGUCAAGGAAAGAUAGCUACUGCUUACGUUCUGUCUGAUCUGGUCUUUAAUGAAUCCAGUCCACCAUCUUUAGAAAAUGUUUUGCUCAUUGCGUAGAUAUAAAGGAUUGCCAUUGCAGUAUCAUAGUUGAAUUCCUGCUUCCCGUAAACAGAAUUGUUUAUAGUCACUGAUAUUUGAGGGAAGUUUUUGGUCUUUCUUCAAUAAAAGCUUACUAUAGGUUGUUGCCUUGAAGCAGAUAGAAAGGGAUCAAAGUGAUUUGACUUGUAUUAGACUGUACCAUAAUAGCUGUUAAAUGUGUUAAUCUUGAAAAAUACAACAGUGGUUAAACUUUGGCAAUGUCAAGUCUUAAUUGCCUAAUGUUGUUUGGUAGGAAUCCGUUUAUUCUUGAUCAGCUUCUGGAGGCCCUGGCCCAUUGCCACUAAUGAUUAUGGAAAGUAAAUAAGUGUGAAACUAAAUCUUAUUACAGGGACACCUCUUUCAAGAAGACAAGUGCCCCAUACUUAGUCAUAAAAUUAAAACUGUGCAUAGUGGAAUAAAAGCUUUGGAAAGACAUAGGAGAAAACAUUUUCUUCUGACAGGAAAUGCUCCUUUGUGCCAUGUGACCAGUUUUGUAAUUGUAUGGAACUCAGUCCCUUCUGUUGUCUCAAAGGUGGAAACUCCAAAGCCCAGUCUGAUGACAGUUCCCACCCAAAUCAUGGUUAGAAGAGCUGGAAAAUCCAGGCAGCUGUGUCUCAACUGCCAGGUAAUCCAUUAAACCUGUCUUGGAAAGGACCACUGUCACAAGGGAGGGGACAAGAAACUAGGUACUCUAGAAGACAACACUGAUUAAGUGCUCAUGUUUUUAUCUAGUGUAAUUGGCACAGUGGAAGAUGUUUACAGAGUCAGCUUGGUAAGAAGGGAAUAGAUUACCCGUCCUCAGAGGAAAAAGGAUCCAGAGAGGUUCUGCUGAACUUCAUGAAAUAAUGCUUUAACUUAGCCUUCAAAGUCUAGGGCCUUUGUCUAGAUGUGUCAAAAGUAGAAAGUUUAAAGCAGUGGACCAUGAAGUUAUGACGCAGUUCUGAUUCAGUUCCUUUAGAUGUUCUGUAUUUUAUAUCAUCCAGUGUAGUAUUAGAUUUUUGAUUCUGUAAUCUCUUAAAAGAGUUAAAUUAGUAUGGCAUGGAUUUCUGUCUUAUAGAUCAAUUAAACUAUGAAACCAAAGUAUUAACAGAUUCACUGUUAUGAGAGUAGGGACUUAGACUGCCAGGGCCAUGCAGAUAUUUCCCUGUAUAUGUCUGGUAAGGUUCAACGCUAAUGGUGGGACACGGACCAAGGAAAUGCCUGAUUCAAGGAGAUGGCGCACAUUUUUAAAGUUAAGAGGCAAAUGACAGUCUAGAAGGACAAGAGCAUUUUCAGCAGCACACCAAGUUCACCUGAAAUGCAGGAAAGAUUUGAUCUGAGCCUUUGAUCUUACGUUUUAGUCAAAAUACAUUGGAUAAUUUCAGAGGAGAAAGUGGUUCUAGCACAGGUGAUUCCAGGGCAGCAACAUGCUCUGGAGCGGACCAUCAUCGUUUAAGUUUGUAUCUGUUGAAGAUAGUUUCUCUCUGAAAUGUUGGGCUAAUUCAAAGUUCAAAGGGUAUGUUCUGUAUUACUGUCAUGUUUCCUUAAUCCACAUGUACAAUCUUGCCACUCCUCUGCAGGUGAUGUGUUCAGGAGGAAUGGUUAUGUAUCAUUUUGUACUUCUGAAUGUAAAAGAUCUUUAUAAAUUACUUUUGAAAAGUU